CUGGUGUCCAUCGUGACAGACAGAGAGACAGACACGCCCACAACCCUGGCUCAGGUAUAUAAAAGACUCGUCCAGCCGCAGACCAGAACUUUCUCCUGGAUCCGAAGGACACCAUGAAGCUGCUCACCCAGACACUGUGCCUGUCCCUGGCUCUGGCUCUCAGCCAUGCCCACCACCAAGCUGGACAUCAAGAGGGAGGUGAGUAUCAGGAGAGGGUAUGAAGGGCCAGAAGACAACUGAACCAGGUGACUUUUUAGCUUGACACUUCUCAUGGUCACCAGAAGACAACUUGAACCAGCUAACAGUUGCAGCUUAUCGAAUGCUUUAAUACAUAACAACUAACAGUUCAAUCGAGUACAGGCUUAACUGAAUGACAACAGAGACAUAAUACAAUAUUAUUAUUAUUAUUAUUAUUAUUAUGCGGUGGAGAGGUGGAAGGUCGUUGGAAGACUGUUGCUGCAAAACAUCAAGUGAGAGACGAGGCCAUCGGUUGACAGAAAGGGAAGUGAUUAUUGCACGAGUGAUCCCAUAGGUUAACCAGCAAGUGUGGUGGAAUUGCCUUAGUAUGCCAUGCUCAUAGGCAGAAGUUAAUAGGCAAAUGACAUUCCACACACUUACUAAUGGUAAAGGAGGAGGAAGGUUGAGACGCUAUCCUGAUGAGGUAACGUUAUUUACACUACCAUAAAAAUACCUGCUUUACUGAUGGACAUGGACACUCCCACAUCAAUACCUGCUAUGCUAAUGAGGUACCAUUAAAAAAAACACUACCAUGGAUACCUGCUAUGCUGAUUAGUGAGAUAGGAAGUGAUGCGCAUUAUAGAGUUUACUAGAUGAAUGAAAUAAUGAUCCAUUCAGAUGGGCCUUUCUGAAUUUACUUUCCUAACUACAUUAGUAACAGCAGAGAUGUUAGAGGAAGGGAGAUGAUGCCGAAAGGUAGUUUCACAUUGAACAAAUGGGAAACUCUCCCCCCCCCCCCCCCCAUACAAAGUUGUAUUUCUCCUAGCUAAUUUACUUAUUGGAAAAACUUCAAUUUGGGCUUGUCUUAAAAUCGCCCAAAAAUGUACUCCUGUGACUGUUUGUGGGAAGAAUCAGUAAUAUUCGGUUAAAUCCUUUCUCAGGACACGAGGGACACGGCCAUACCGUUGGUGUUAUGCUCGACCGCUGCGAUGGGCUCGAGAUGGACGCUGUUGCUGUGAAUGAGGAAGGAAUCCCUUACUUCUUCAAGGGUGAGUCAGACUCCAGUCCUGCUAGAACCAACUGUCACUCAUUUAGCCAUUGGUCACAAGCAGAGUGUGUGAGCGGAGCUGAAGCCGAGCGAGAAGCUGAGCCCAAUUUGACUGGAGCGUGGAGCAAUAUUCCCAAAGGCUGGAGAGUCGGCAUUCUCGCCCGGUCCAGUAGCCUCCAGGUAGAACUCACUUCAGGAGCUCAGGGCGUGCCCGGACCAGCAUGCAUCUGUAGUCUACUUGUGUGCUGCUAAUAGCCCUUUGCUUUAGCUAGCGUCAUGGAGUUCGCUAAAUAUUUUCAUAAAGAAACUAAUAAAAACACACAGGUGCCAAAUCAAGAUGACUUACAAAGAUGAGGACCAAGAGCAAGCGAGGGAGUGUGGCGAUGUAGUGUCCGCUGUUAUGUGUUAGGCUUGGAUGCCACCUGCUGGUAAUGCUGCUAAACUGUUAGCUUAUAGACCGGAUGCCAUUGUUCUACGCGCGGGAAAUGGCAGUUGUUACACGCUGGCUACAUCAAACAUCCACAACUACAGAAUCGUUGACAAAGCUGAAAAGACACUUAUCCCAAAAGUAUGACGGUGUACUUACUGCGUGCACAUGCUAAAAUAAAAGACUGAGGUGGGUAGAUAAGUAAGUGUGUCACUGUAGCAAAGUAUUUAUAAACAAAAAAUCGGAUCUCUUAAACGUUUCGUUCAUUUUCCUUCUAUUAUCUAUACAAUAGGCCAUCAUUGAUUUUGGCCCAAUAGGCCUGGCAUAUUCCCACGUUCAACCAUUAGGCCUACCUAUAGAAAAAUCAAAAAACAUCUCUGCAUCUCCUCCCAGCUUGGCAAGAGUGGCCAAACGCGUGUUUAUCAUCCCCAGUGGCUCUGCAAGUGUGGAGAGGAUAUUCUCCGCUGCUGGCCGGCUCUCCAGGCACCAUGGAGAGGAUAUUCUCCGCUGCUGGCCGGCUCUCCAGGCACCAUGGAGAGGAUAUUAUCCGCUGCUGGCCGGCUCUCCAGGCACCAUCGCAUGAGUCUGAAGCCACAGACUGGCCAAACUCCUGUUUCUAAAAAUGAAUUCUAAAAAUGAACUCAAACGCACUAAUAAGUCAUUUUUCGUUUAAUUUGUAUUUAAUUCUAAGUAAGUCACAGCCUAUAUGAAAUACUUUUCAUUGAAAUCCAUAUGGUUUGGUUUCAAUACUUCAAAAACCAAUCGGUAGGUCCAGGUAGUCACAAAAAUAGAUGGGUGUCGGUUAAAUUGUGAUUUUAAUGAAUGGAGCGAAUUUGGAGCGGGAGUUUUUUUCUUCCUGUGAGCGUGGAGCGGUUUUUAGCGGAGCCGUAGGAAAGGACAUGGAGUGCUGGACUGCGCACUGCUCCACGAGCGAUGAGCGGGAUUUCCUACCAUUCAACUCUGCUCACAUGCUCUGGUCACAAGACAUGUGCUUUCUGUCAUCGAACAGGUGCAAUUCAGCACUAGGUCUACAAAAUCAAAUGUAUUUUAUGAAGCCCUUUUUACAUCUGCAAUUGUCACAAAGUGCUUUACAGAUACCCAGCCUAAAACCUCAAAGAGCAAGCAAAUCUGAAAGAGCAAGCAAUGCAGGGGCAGAAGCAUAGUGGCUAGGAAAAACUCCAUAGAAGGCAGGAACCUAGGAAGAAACCUAGAGAGGAACCAGGCUCCAAGGGGUGUCCAAUCCAUAUUGUUCAGCUAUUAAUGCAUACUGAAUCCGUUUUGUAAGCAAGCUGAGGAAACUAGGGUGGGCUCUGUGGAACUUCCUUUUCUCUAUUCCCAUGUUGGUUGACCAAAGGUGUUCCCUGCCAGGUGACCAUGUGUUCAAGGGUUUCCACGGUAAAGCCGAGCUCUCCAACCAAUCAUUCGCUGAGCUGGAGGACCAUCAACACCUGGGGCACGUGGACGCUGCAUUCCGUAUGCACUUUGAAGACAGACCCACUGAGCACGACCACAUCUUCCUUUUCCUGGUACAGUCCAUACUGCCUCCCAUAGAAACACUUGGUACAGUCCAUACUGCCUCCCUUAGAAACACUUGGUACGGUCCAUACUGCCUCCCUUAGAAACACUUGGUACAGUCCAUACUGCCUCCCUUAGAAACACUUGGUACAGUCCAUACUGCCUCCCUUAGAAACACUUGGUACAGUCCAUACUGCCUCCCUUAGAAACACUUGGUACAGUCCAUACAUACUGCAUCCCUUAGAAACACUUGGUAAAACCAUACUGCCGCCCAUAGAAACACUUGGUACAGUCCAUACAUACUGCCUCCCAUAGAAACACUUGAUAAAGUCCAUACAUUCUGCACCCGUUAGAAACACUUGGUACAGUCCAUACAUACUGCACCCGUUAGAAACACUUGGUACAGUUCAUACAUACUGCCUCCCAUAGAAACACUUGGUACAGGCCAUACAUACUGCAUCCCUUAGAAACACAUGGUACAGUCCAUACAUACUGCAUCCCUUAGAAACAUUUGGUACAAUCCAUACAUACUGCAUCCCUUAGAAACACUUGGUACAGUCCAUACAUACUGCCUCCCAUAGAAACACUUGAUACAGGCCAUACAUACUGCAUCCCUUAGAAACACUUGGUACAGUCCAUACAUACUGCAUCCCUUAGAAACAAUUGGUACAGUCCAAACAUACUGCAUCCCUUAGAAACACUUGGUACAGUCCAUACAUACUGCAUCCCUUAGAAGCACUUGGUACAGUCCAUACAUACUGCCUCCCAUAGAAACACUUGGUACAGUCCAUACAUACUGUCCUCCAAUAGAAACACUUGGUACAGUCCCAUACAUACUGCAUCCCUUAGAAACAUUUGGUACAGUCCAUACAUACUGCAUCCCUUAGAAACACUUGGUACAGCCCAACAUACUGCAUCCCUUAGAAACACUUGUAACAGUCCAUACAUACUGCAUUCCCUUAGAAGCACUUGGUACAGUCCAUACAUACUGCCUCCCAUAGAAACACUUGGUACAGUCCAUACAUACUGCCUCCAAUAGAAACACUUGGUACAGUCCAUACAUACUGCAUCCCUUAGAAACAUUUGGUACAGUCCAUACAUACUGCAUCCCUUAGAAACACUUGGUACAGUCCAAACAUACUGCAUCCCUUAGAAACACUUGGUACAGUCCAUACAUACUGCAUCCCUUAGAAACACUUGGUACAGUCCAUACAUACUGCCUCCCAUAGAAACACUUGGUACAGUCCAUACAUACUGCAUCCCUUAGAAACAUUGGUACAGUCCAUACAUACUGCAUCCCUUAGAAACACUUGGUACAGUCCAUACAUACUGCAUCCCUUAGAAACACUUGGUACAGUCCAUACAUACUGCAUCCCUUAGAAACACUUGGUACAGUCCAUACAUACUGCCUCCCAUAGAAACACUUGGUACAGUCCAUACAUACUGCAUCCCUUAGAAACAUUUGGUACAGUCCAUACAUACUGCAUCCCUUAGAAACACUUGGUACAAUCCAUACAUACUGCAUCCCUUAGAAACACUUGGUACAGUCCAUACAUACUGCAUCCCUUAGAAACACUUGGUACAGUCCAUACAUACUGCAUCCCUUAGAAACACUUGGUACAGUCCAUACAUACUGCAUCCCUUUGAAACACUUGGUACAGUCCAUACAUACUGCAUCCCUCCUACAAAAAAGUUCCAAUGUUGUUCUAAAGGACUCAUACAUGUUCCCAUGUUGUUCUAAAGGACUCAUAAAGUUCAUAAAAGUUAUAAUUAACAUUUUAAAUUCCCCUCCAACAAGGACUCAUAAAAGUUAUAAUGUUGCUCUGAGUAGAGGCUGAGUUGCUCUGAGUAGAGGAUGAGUUGCUCUGAGUAGAGGAUGAGUUGCUCUGAGUAAAGGCUGAGUUGCUCUGAGUAGAGGAUGAGUUGCUCUGAGUAGACGAUGAGUUGCUCUGAGUAGAGGCUGAGUUGCUCUGAGUAGAGGCUGAGUUGCUCUGAGUAGAGGCUGAGUUGCUCUGAGUAGAGGAUGAGUUGCUCUGAGUAGAGGCUGCGUUGCUCUGAGUAGAGGAUGAGUUGCUCUGAGUAGAGGCUGAGUUGCUCUGAGUAGAGGCUGAGUUGCUCUGAGUAGAGCUGAGUUGCUCUGAGUAGAGGAUGAGUUGCUCUGAGUAUAGGCUGAGUGCUCUUGAGUACGAGGCUGAGUUGCUCUGAGUAGAGGCUGAGUUGCUCUGAGUAGAGGCUGAGUUGCUCUGAGUAGAGGCUGAGUUGCUCUGAGUAGAGGCUGAGUUGCUCUGAGUAGAGGAUGAGUUGCUCUGAGUAGAGGAUGAGUUGCUCUGAGUAGAGGAUGAGUUGCUCUGAGUAGAGGCUGAGUUGCUCUGAGUAGAGUGAGUGCUGAGUUGAGCUGAUUGCUGAGUAGAGGCGAGUGCUCUGAGUAAGUAGUUGCUCUGAGUAGAGGAUGAGUUGCUCUGAGUAGAGGCUGAGUUGCUCUGAGUAGAGGCUGAGUUGCUCUGAGUAGAGGAUGAGUUGCUCUGAGUAGAGGCUGAGUUGCUCUGAGUAGAGGAUGAGUUGCUCUGAGUAGAGGCGGAGUUGCUCUGAGUAGAGGAUAGUGCUCUGAGUAGAGAUGAGUUGCUCUGAUAGAGGAUAGUUGCUCUGAGUAGAGGCUGAGUUCUCUGAGUAGAGGCUGAGUUGCUCUGAGUUAAGGCUAGUUGCUCUGAUGAGAUGCUCUGAGUAGAGGAUGAGUUGCUCUGAGUAGAGGAUGAGUUGCUCUGAGUAGAGGAUGAGUUGCUCUGAGUAGAGGAUGAGUUGCUCUGAGUAGAGGAUGAGUUGCUAUGUAUAUAUAUUAUUCAUAUUAUUCACUAAAGAAGCCAGGUCCUAAAUCCACUUUUUAAUUAGCUCACUGACUGAGGUGGCUGACCUCUGACCUCUGUCCUGUAUUGCUCUGAUGAAGGACACCAAGGUAUUCAGCUACUACAAACACAUGCUGGAGAAGGGCUUCCCCAAAGACAUCUCUGAGGUGUUCCCUGGUAUCCCUGACCACCUGGAUGCUGCUGUGGUGUGUCCUGCGCCCGAAUGUGAGGAAGACACCGUCAUCUUUUUCAAGGGUGAGUCAAUAUCUCAAUAUCUUUUGUGCGAUCGAUCUUGUUGCAAGGAAACUAUCCCUAUGGAAGAUAACAAGGCAUUAUAAAAGGCACUGGAAAAAUAGCGCCACCAUGUGGUGGUUUUACGAUAGAGCUGCCGGUUAAGAGUAUAGGAGCAACUGUCCCAGCGUCCCGGUAAGGGGACGAAAAUGACCAGUAGGAGACCAGGAGUGUACAGAACACAUGUUGACCAGUAGGAGACCAGUAGUGUAGAGAACACAUGUUGACCAGUAGGAGACCAGUAGUGUAGAGAACACAUGUUGACCAGUAGGAGACCAGUAGUGUACAGAACACAUGUUGACCAGUAGGAGACCAGUAGUGUAGAGAACACAUGUUGACCAGUAGGAGACCAGUAGUGUACAGAACACAUGUUGACCAGUAGGAGACCAGUAGUGUACAGAACAAUUUGACCAGUAGGAGACCAGUAGUGUACAGAACACAUGUUGACCCAGUAUGAGAACCUAGUAGUGUACAGUAACACAUGUUGACCAGUAGGAGACCAGUAGUGUACAGAACACAUGUUGACCAGUAGGAGACCAGUAGUGUACAGAACACAUGUUGACCAGUAGGAGACCAGUAGUGUACAGAACACAUGUUGACCAGUAGGAGACCAGUAGUGUACAGAACACAUGUUGACCAGUAGGAGACCAGUAGUGUACAGAACACAUGUUGACCAGUAGUAGACCAGUAGUGUACAGAACAAUGUUGACCAGUAGAGACCAUUAGUGUACAGAACACAUGUUUGACCAGUAGGAGAACCAGUAGUGUACAGAACACAUGUUGACCAGUAGUGAGACCAGUAGUGUACAGAACACAUGUUGACCAUAGGAGACCAGUAGUGUACAGACACAUGUUGACCAGUAAGAGACCAGUAGUGUACAGACACAUGUUGACCAGUAGGAGACCAGUAGUGUACAAACACAUGUUGACCAGUAGGAGAACCCAGUAGUGUACAGAACACAUGUUGACCAGUAGGAGACCAGUAGUGUACAGAACACAUGUGACCAGUAGGAGACCAGUAGUGUACAGAACACAUGUUGACCAGUAGGGAACCAGUAGUGUACAGACACACAUGUUGACCAGUAGGAGACCAGUAGUGUAACAGAACACAUGUUGACCAGUAGGACACCAGUAGUGUACAGAACACAUGUUGACCAGUAGGAGACCAGUAGUGUAGAGAACACAUGUUGACCAGUAGGAGACCAGUAUGUACCAGAACACAUGUUGACCAGUAGGAGACCAGUAGUGUACAGAACACAUGUUGACCAGUUGAGACCAGUAGUGUACAAACACAUGUUGACAGUAGUAGACCAGUAGUGUACAGACACAUGUUGACCAGUAGGAGACCAGUAGUGUACAGAACACAUGUUGACCAGUAGGAGCCAGUAGUGUACAGAACACAUGUUGACCAGUAGAAGACCAGUAGUGUACAGAACACAUGUUGACCAGUAGGAGACCAGUAGUGUAAAAACACCAUGUUGACCAUAGGAGACCAGUAGUGUACGAACACAUGUUUGACCAGUAGAAGACCAUUAGUGUACAAAACACAUGUUGCCAGUAAUGAGACCAUAUGUACAGAACACAAUUUUUGACCAGUAGUAGACACAGUAGUGUACAACACAUGUUGACCAGUAUGAGACCAUUAGUGUACAAAAACACAUUUUUGACCAGUAGGAGACCAUAGUGUACAGAACACAUGUUGACCAUUAGGACGCCAGUAGUGUACAGAACACAUGUUGACCAGUAUAGCCCCAGUAUGUACAGAACACAUUUUGACCAGUAGUAGCCCAGGAGUGUACAGAACACAUGUUGACCAGUAGGAGACCAGUAGUGUACAGAACACAUGUUGACCUAGGAGACCAUAGUGUCAAAACACAUGUUGACCAGUAGGAGACCAGUAGUGUACAAAACCCCAUGUUGACCAGUAGGAGAACCAUAGUGUACAGAACACAUGUUGACCCAGUAGCAGAACCAUAGUGUACAGAACACAUGUUGACCAGUAGGAGACCAGUAGUGUACAGAACACAUGUUUGACCAGUAGGAGACCAGUAGUGUAACCAGAACACAUGUUGACCAGUAGUAGACCAGUAGUGUACAGAACAAUGUUGACUCAUUAGGAGACCAGUAGUGUACAGAACACAUGUUUGACCAGUUGGAGACCAGUAGUGUUACAGAACACAUGUUGACCAGUAGUGAGACCAGUAGUGUACAGAACACAUGUUGACCAGUAGGAGACCAGUAGUGUACCGAACACAUGUUGACCAGUAGGAGACCAGUAGUGUACAGAACACAUGUUGACCAGUAGGAGACCAGUAGUGUACAGAACACAUGUUGACCAGUAGGAGACCAGUAGUGUACAGAACACAUGUUGACCAGUAGGAGACCAGUAGUGUACAGAACACAUGUUGACCAGUAGAAGACCAGUAGUGUACAGAACACAUGUUGACCAGUAGGAGACCAGUAGUGUACAGACACAUGUGAGUGAGACCAGUAGUGUACAGAACCAUGUUGACCAGUAGGAGACCAGUAGUGUACAGAACACAUGUUGACCAGUAGGAGACCAGUAGUGUACAGAACACAUGUUGACCAGUAGGAGACCAGUAGUGUACAGAACACAUGUUGACCAGUAGGAGACCAGUAGUGUAGAGAACACAUGUUGACCAGUAGGAGACCAGUAGUGUACAGAACACAUGUUGACCAGUAGAAGACCAGUAGUGUACAGAACACAUGUUGACCAGUAUGAGACCAGUAGUGUACAGAACACAUGUUGACCAGUAGAAGACCAGUAGUGUACAGAACACAUGUUGACCAGUAUGAGACCAGUAGUGUACAGAACACAUGUUGACCAGUAGUAGACCAGUAGUGUACAGACACAUGUUGACCAGUAGGAGACCAGUAGUGUACAGAACACAUGUUGACCAGUAGGAGACCAGUAGUGUACAGAACACAUGUUGACCAGUAGGAGACCAGUAGUGUACAGAACACAUGUUGACCAGUAUGAGACCAGUAGUGUACAGAACACAUGUUGACCAGUAGUAGACCAGUAGUGUACCGACACAUGUUGACCAGUAGGAGACCAGUAGUGUACAGAACACAUGUUGACCAGUAGGAGACCAGUAGUGUACAGAACACAUGUUGACCAGUAGAAGACCAGUAGUGUACAGAACACAUUUUGACCAGUAUAAGACCAGUAGUGUACAGAACACAUGUUGACCAGUAGGAGACCAGUAGUGUACAGAACACAUGUUGACCAGUAGAAGACCAGUAGUGUACAGAACACAUGUUGACCAGUAUGAGACCAUAGUGUACCAGAACACAUGUUGACCAGUAGUAGACCAGUAGUGUACAGACACAUGUUGACCAGUAUGAGACCAGUAGUGUACAGAACACAUGUUGACCAGUAGGAGACCAGUAGUGUACAGAACACAUGUUGACCAGUAGGAGACCAGUAGUGUACAGAACACAUGUUGACCAGUAUGAGACCAGUAGUGUACAGAACACAUGUUGACCAGUAGUUUACCAGGAGUGUACAGAACACAUGUUGACCAGUAGGAGAACCAUAGUGUACAGAACACAUGUUACCAUAGGAGACCGUAGUGUACAAACACAUGUUGACCAGUAGGAGACCAGUAGUGAAACAGAACACACGUUGACCAGUAGGAGCCAGUAGUGUACAAAACACAUGUUGACCAGUAGGAGACCAGUAGUGUACAAAAACCAUGUUGACCAGUAGGAGACCAGUAGUGUACAAAACACUUUUUGACCAGUAGGAGACCAGUAUUUGUACAGAACACAUGUUGACCAUAGGAGACCAGUAGUGUACAAACACAUGUUGACCAGUGGGAGACCAUUAGUGUACAGAACAUGUUGACCAGUAGGAACCAGUAGUGUACAGAACAAGUUGACCAGUAGGAGACCAGUAGUGUACAAAACCACAUUUGACCAGUAGGAGACCAGUAGUGUACGAACACAUGUUUGACCAUAUAGGAGACCAUAGUGUACAGAACACAUGUUGAACAUAGGAGACCAGUAGUGUACAGAACACAUGUUGACCAGUAGGAGACCAGAAAUGUACAGAACACAUGUUGAACAAAAGGGACCAGUAUUGUACGAACACAUGUUGACCAGUAGGAAAACCAGUAGUGUACAGAACACAUGUUGACCAAAAGGAGACCAUAGUGUCAAAACACAUGUUGACCAGUAGGAGACCAGUAGUGUACAGAACACAUGUUACCAUUAGGAGACCAGUAGUGUACAAAACACAUGUUGACCAGUAGGAGACCAGUAGUGUACAGAACCAUGUUGACCAGUAGGAGACCAGUAGUGUAAAAAAACACAUGUUGAACAGUAGGAGACCAGUUGUACGAACACAUGUUGACCAUUAGGAGACCAUAGUGUACAGAACACAUGUUGACCAGUAGAAGACCAGUAGUGUACAGAACACAUGUUGACCAGUAGGAGACCAGGAGUGUACAGAACACAUGUUGACCAGUAGGAGACCAGUAGUGUACAGAACACAUGUUGACCAGUAGGAGACACUAGCUGGAUUGUGGUUUGAGGUGCUGGCUUGGGCACCGAUAGCUGCAGGUCUGGCUGGCAGUCUGCAGACGGAGGCGGAGCAGGCUGGAGUGCUGGCGGUUGCUGGUCGGGCUGCAGCUCUGGCGAUGUCUCAACUUGCUCGAGCUCUGUUGUUGGCAGGUCAAGCUGUAGCACUGGCAACGGUUUAUCUGGCUCAGGCUGCUGCUCAUGGUAAGAUUGGCCAUAUUGUUUCUUCCCAGGUGAUGACAUCUACCACUACAAUGUGAAGACGAAGAAGGUUGAGGAGAAGAUGUUUGAGGGCAUGCCCAACUGCACCAGCGCAUUCCGCUUCAUGGAGCAUUACUACUGUUUCCAUGGACACCAGUUCUCCAAGUUCGACCCUAAGACAGGGGAGGUGCACGGGAGGUACCCCAAGGAGGCCCGCGACUACUUCAUGAAGUGCUCCAAGUUCGGUGAGUGACAAAAGACAACAGAAAGUUUGUGUAUGUGUUUGAAAGAGCGAGCGAUUAAGAGAGAGAGAGAGAUGAGAGAGGGGGGGGGGGGGUGGUGGUAGAGAGUGGUGCGAGAGAGUGUGAGAGAGAGAGAUAUGAGUGUGAGAGAGAGAGAUAGAGAGGAGAGAGAGAGAGAGAGAGAAGGAGAGAGAGGAGAGAGAGAGAGAGAGAGAGAGAGAGAGAGAGAGAGAGAGAGAGAGAGAGAGAGAGAGAGAGAGAGAGAAGUCUCCUCAUCACACCAAACCUGAGGACGAAUAGUAUCUAACACAAACAGGUCCUGCUCCUGUAUUGUGUCCCUGCUACAGGAGACACCACAGACCACACCGAGAGAGAGCGCUGCAGCCAUGUGCACCUGGACGCCAUCACCUCUGACGAUGCCGGAAACAUCUACGCCUUCAGAGGUCAUAUUACUGUUGCUUACUGUAGGGCCUUGGUGGGGAUGGAUGUUUUUCCCACAUAAAAUAGUCAAAUCAUUGCAACAUUACAACAUGAAACAGUCAAAUCACCACAAUAUUACAACAUGAAACAGUCAAAUCACCGCAAUAUUACAACAUGAAACAGUCAAAUCACCGCAAUAUUACAACAUGAAACAGUCAAAUCACCGCAAUAUUACAACAUGAAACAAUCAAAUUACUGCAAUGUUACAACAGAAAACAGUUGAAUCACUGCAACAGUUCGACCACCUCACUUUAACCAAUCAUCACACUUUUAUUGCAUGAAAUGGUUCAAUCAAGCCACACAUCAAUCAAUCUUCACAAAUGUCUAUGCAACAUUUCAGAAUUGAGCAUUUUUGCCCGCAACUAUCACAGGGAGGGAUUGAUUGUCCAAGUCUAUCACAAAAAAUCGUUACGACCAUCCUGGAGGGAUUGAUUGUCUAAGUCUAAUUCCGAUUUACAUUAUAUCGUUGCAUCGAGCAUUUUGAGAUUGCUGUUGUCUUGUUUGUUUAUGAGUAAUAUGUUCCUCCUAUUUCUCUCCUGUCCUGACCUCUCCUACUGACCUCUCCUCCCGACCCUUGACCUUUAGGCCACCACUUCCUGGAGCAAGAUGCUGGCAAUGACACGUGGUCAGCCGACACCAUCGAGAGCGAAUUCAAGGAGCUGCACAGCGAGGUGGAUGCCGUCUUCUCUUAUGAAAACCACCUCUACAUGAUCAAGGUAGGCUACUGUCGGCUACUGCAGAGACACACACACACACACACACACACACACACACACACCACACACACACACACACACACACACACACACACCUCGGACAGAAGAGGGCAGAUAUAAAGAGAUCAGGAGAAGGGAUUUGUUAGCUGGACUUGUAGCAAGAAUCUAGAUGAGCUCUUGCUCUAAUGCCAGAGAUUCAGUGAGACUAGCCAAAGUUUUGACAUGCAGCAUCCAGAUGUUCUGAAUGAGAGGUAACUCGCUUCAAUCAAGCCACAGUGUAUAGCAGUAGUUGUGGGUUUGAUAGUUAAUCAUAGAACCAUGUUCACGUCUGUAUCUAUGUAAUGUAUUGCAACAUGCACUUUAAGGGACCACAAUGGAAGUAAUGUAUUGACUUUAUUGUGUUAUCUCUGACCAGUUUUAAAAUGUGUACAUGUAUUUUUAAACUGUCAAAUCAAAUCAAUCAAAUCAAAUCAAUCAAAUCGUAACCAACACUCCUCUCGUUGUGUGCAGGAUGAUGAGGUGUAUGUUUACAGAGUUGGGGAGCCCCACACCCACCUAGAGGGGUACCCCAAACCCCUGAAGAAGGAGCUGGGAGUGGAGGGCCCUAUCGACGCUGCCUUUGUGUGUCAGGACCAUCACAUCGCUCACAUCAUUAAAGGUAAAUGUGGGACAUAUACUCACCCACAUUCUCUACUAUAUGGGCUUUCACUUCAGCCAUGUCCAACACAACAAAUCAACAUGUACAUACUCAAGGUGCAAUAUACACACGAAGGCCACUAACAGGUACUCCCUGUAACAUGUUUUCACUCAGAGAUGGGUAUAAAUGAGAGAUAGAUGGAUUGAUUGAGCUUCUCCCUCCCCCAUCCCAGGUAAAACAGUCUAUGCUGUUGACCUGAAUGCCUCCCCACGUGUUCCAGUUAAAGAACGCUCCUUCACCCUCUUCGACAAGGUGGACACUGGCAUGUGUGGCCCAGAUGGCGUGAAGUUGUUCAAGGGGAACCACUACUACCACUUUCCGAGCGUUAAGAUCAUGCUGAUGGCCAGGGCUAUUCCUCAGGAGCACAAGACAGCCCUGGAGCUGUUUGGCUGUGACCACUAGAGGCUGGGAAAGCAGAGAGAAUCAAGUUAUGUACAACAGCAACAACAACAACAACAACAACA